AUGGAGUCGAGAAAUGACAUGUAUAUCAUAUCACAGAAACACAGUGACGGUGGAGCUGUACCACUGUGGAGUAAAAGCAAUUUGGAUUCAAAAAGAAACGAAUAUUCUGAAUUUGUAAUUAAAUCUAAUGACACAAAAGAAGAUCAAAACGGCGCUGCUGUCGAGAACGUUACCUGCCAUAUCUGUGAUAUAAAUGUGCCUAAAGUGUAUUUUAACGAACACAAAAAUGGUUUCCGACAUAAAUUCAAUAGAAAAGUAGCAGAUACUGCAUUAAAAAGACUCCAGUUAUACCUUAAUAAGGACGAUAUCAAUGAAAAUAAUGAAAAAAUUCCUUCAAAACAUUUCUGUACUGAAUGCUCGAUCAUAAUCCGCAGUGAGGAUGAAACUUCGCAUAAACAGACAAUAGGACACAGAAAUUCCGUUUUGUUAGAAAGAUUCUUAAACGAUUUCCUAAAUUUUUACACAAAUGAUGAUAAUGAAACAGUAGAUGAUAAUACAAGAAAAGAUGUUAAAAAGAAAUUUGUUGAAGAUAAUAAAAACUCUGAAGAAAUUGUAACAAGUCACUCUGAAAAGGAACGCUUAGAUACAGAAAGUGCGAAAGAAACGAAAAGUGAUGAAAAUUCUAAAAGAAUUUUAAAUUCAGACGAGCAGAAUAAUAACAGCAGGCCAUCGUGUGACUUAAAAGAUGGCGAAAUGAUGUUGCAAAUAGUUGAUAGUUCUAGUUUCAAUAAAUUAAAAGUGAACGAACAGUGUUACCACGCUAUUGCUGAAACUGGGGCUAUAUUCGAGUAUUGUAUGAUCUGUGAUCAAAUGUUUGAGAGAGAAAAUCGUAAAUUACAUGUGGACAGCGACCUCCAUGGUCGAAAAUUGUAUCAAAAAUCGCUAGACAAGAACUGCGUUCGUAAGAUAAACAGCUCCCAUCACCACUGCAUACUAUGUAAUGACUAUUUUACUGAAUAUGACAUACAUGUAAAUAGUGAGAAGCAUUUAACAAACUUUCAAAACCAGUUAAUAUAUAAAUGCAAGAAAACAGCUCAAGAUAUUGAUAAAGAUAAGCAAUCUGAUAAUUGUAAAGAAUACAGCGAUGUUUUAAAGAGUGGUGAAAAUAAAAGUUCAAAAGACACAAAUGAGAACACAGCUCCAGUAAAUAAAGAAACUAGAAACAGUCCUGUGCCGAGUACCAGCUCCACCGUCGCCACAGAUGAAACGGCUGAAAAUAGUGGUAAAAAUUUGAAUAACAUCACGGAUCAUAACAGAGGUAGAUCACAUAUGCUUAAAGAAAAGAAACAAAUAGCUGAAAAAGUUAAGGAAGUAGACAAAAAUGAAGAAGCUAGUAACAGUCCUGUAUCAAGUAUCAACUCAUCCAUCAACACACAUCCAAAAUUAUUUUGUGAUCCUUGCAAUGUAUGGAUAAGCAAGAAAAAAUUAAAAAAACACAAUAACACAAUGAAACACACAUUCAAUGCAAUGUCAAAUUAUCAUAAUUUAAUGGAAUACUUAGAUGAAGACAAUUUAUGUUGUGAAAUUUGCAAUGUGACUGUUUCAAAUUUUUUAGAAGAUAUUAAAGAUCAUUUUACGAGUUCAGAUCAUAUCGAAAAGUAUGAUAAACUUUUUAAAGCUCACAGUAUUACUAAAAUAAAUAAUAGUAAAUAUUAUUGUGCAGAAUGCAAAGUAUACAUCUUACAUAAAAAUGAUAAUUUGCAUAUUAAGUCAGAGGAACACACGGAUAAAGUUGGUUUUAGUGAAACAGAUAAAAUUGAAGAACAAAGUGAUGACAUUACUGGUUCAACUGGCAGUAAUACUACAGAAGCUACGGCUCUAGUUGAUUGUAAUAACAAAGAAGUUAACGCUGCUAACAGUUCGGCUUUGAAAAAUGUUGACCAACUUGGUAUUCAUUAUAUAAAUUUGAAAACAAGUUUGGAUACAGCUUUUGACAAAGUGGAGUCAAAGCUCCUUGAGUAUUUUUCACAAAGAAAACCGAGUAGCGAUAGAGAAUUUAAUUCAGCUGAUAAUGUUAGUAAAAUCGAUGAAUCGUCUGAGGACAGUGAACACCCAAAAAGACUCGAAAAAAAUCCGAAUUAUCUCAAUAAUAUCGCAGAACAUAACAAAGGCCGAUCACAUAUGUUUAAAGACAACAAAAAAAUGGAAAAAGGAGCAGUUGAUCCAGCUGACAAUGUUAGUGAAAUAGAUGAAACGUCUGUAAACACUGAAAGCACAGCAAAAUGUGAUCCAAAUUUAUAUUUCUGUGAUGUGUGUCAAGUAGAAGUUCCGAGAAAUUUGAAUAGCAUUGUAGAACAUAACAGAAGUAGAUCACAUAUGCUUAAAAACAAAAAACCAAUUGAAGAAAGCGCAGUUGACCCAGCUGACAAUGUUAGUAAAGAAGAUAAAAUCGCUGAAAAUAGUGAUAAAACAGUAAAACUUGAUCCAAAUUUAUAUUUCUGUAAUGUAUGUCAAGUACAAGUACCGAACCAUCUGAAGAAUAUUGCACAGCAUAACAGAGGUAGAUCACAUACGAACAAAUUACAAAAUACUAAAGCAGAUGAGAGUAUUGAAGUUGAAGGAAUAUGA